CCCACGCAUGACAAAACUUCGGCCAUCUACCCAGCGCGCAGCAGUUAUGUCCUAGGUACGCGCCGGCAGUGAUCUGUGCAGUUUUGCUAAGGGUAGGUAGUCAUCUGUAUAUUGCAUCUGUGGAUUGAAAACAGUUGCGGAGUUAUUCGGAGGGAUAUGGAGGAUACAUUUAUUGUCAUUUGCUGAAAAGGAUCUUCGUUUGGACAGCGAUCAUAGGGCGUUUCUUGGGUCCCGGGUCCCAGUUGCGUUAAAGUUCCAUUAGUCAUCCAGAGAAGAAAAUGCACCUCGUCUGGGUGUACACAGCGUGGAUCAUGGUGUGUUCAAUCUCUGACAUGGCUUUCUCCAGCUAUUCGGAAGAUCAGUGCAGCUGGAAAGGGAGCGGCCUUUCUCAGCACCCAGGCAGCGUUGAGCAGAUUUCACUGCACUGUGCCGAAGGCUCACUGGAGUGGCUCUACCCUAAGGGGGCGCUGCGGCUCUCACUGUCCCCCCGCCUGCCGUCUGCGGCGGUGGGGCCCGUGGGCAGCGGUCACAGCACCUCGGGUCACAUCACGGCCUGCAUUAAGCCGGCCGAGAGCUUCCUGGGGGCCCAGCUGUACCUAGAACGUGACGGCGUCCUGGAGCUCCUGGUGGGCGACCGGCCGGACGAGCCGCGCCCCCCCCGGGUGCGCUGCUUCAGCCGACAGCCUGGCGAGAGGCUGGCCCUCUUCCUGCAGGCCACUCCACACCAGGACAUCAGCCGGCGCAUUGCCGCCUUUCGCUACGAGCUGCGGGGCGACUGGAAUGCCCGCUUGUCCCUGGACUCGGAUCCCAUCAGAAGUGAAGGAGCCUGCAGACCCUGUAAUGACAGAGAGAUCCUGAUGGCCGUCUGCACCAGUGAUUUUGUUGUCCGGGGAAAUAUCCAUUCGGUGGUGGAUGAGAAGGACCUCUGGGUGUCGGUCAUCAAGGUCAGCGCCACCCGGGUGUACCGACAGAAGUACGCCCUCUUCUCCGGCGGCGGCCGUCUCACUAAGUGGGGCGAGAUCCGGACGCUGCUGCAGUGUGGCGUUCGGCCCGGAGCCGGCAGCUUCCUCUUCACGGGCCGUGUCCAUUUUGGUGAGGCGUGGCUGGGCUGCGCGCCACGAUACAAGGACUUCCUGAGAGCCUACGAGGCGGCGAAGGAGAGCCGGCAGAUUCCCUGCGAGUUGUCGUCAGACUGAGGGCCAAGGUAUCCCUCCAGAACUACCAGAGCCGAAGCGGGUCUGCUCCAAAGCCACGUGGGGGAGGUAGCGGCCUGCCCCCACCCCAUCAGCUGGGGAACUGUUGCUCUCCUAGGCUCAACUAGAGAGGAGCUCAUGGAAUCAUCACCGAAGAAAACUGAUGCAUCUUCAAAGCAAAAUAAGCAAGUGCUUUGGUGCAGAAGAGUGCUUCCUGGAGAUUUUCAGUUCCUUGGGUGGGGUAGGGGGUAGGGGUACUAUUACUCUUGAGCCCAAAGACAUUUUAAGAACUUUCUGGAUGAAGAGCCAUGAAGUUCUGGGUCACCUAGAUGAGGUAUCAGUCACGGAUAUAGGAAGGAGCACCUUUUUGUAUUUUCUGGACAACAGUUCUGUUCUUAAAGCUUGAGAACAACAACAGGACAUCUACAGGAGUCACUGAUCCACCAUAGAUUUUUUUUGAUGUCCAAAAUACUCAGGAAGUUAAUGACUUUGGUAGGUUAAUCAUACCACCACUUGAUCCACCAUAAACGUCACAGGGUGUGUUUGUUGGCUUCCGCACUCAUGUGCCCACCUACCAAAGCCCCGAAAUGUGAGCAGAGAUCAUGAAGAACUGGACUCGUCUUGCAGAAAUUCCCCGUCUUUUGUGUCUGCUUGUAAAUUUGAGUCGUGAUAGCCUGUCCUGUCUAAAUAUGGGGUCCGUCAUUGUGUGAAGAGCUAGCCCUCCUCCCUCUAGGUGUGUCCUCUUCUUGAGGGUCUGUGGGGGGGGGGCAUGAUGUUUGAGGUGUUUGCACUGUCAAGGGAAUGGGGAUUUGGCGAGGGUGCCUGUUGCCAGCUUUGAACCAGGAAACCAAAACUAAAGCAGAUUAUAUGUAGUCUAGAAGAUAUGAUCAGAAGUUAAUAUAUAAUUGUAACACCAACUGCCACUGUGGUUUAGGAAUUUGCGAGGCAAAAUUGGUGUAGGGCCUGCAGAUUGGUGUAGGGCCUGCAGAUUGGUGUAGGGCCUGCAGAUUGGUGUAGGGCCUGCAGAGUGGUGUAGGGCCUGCAGAUUGGUGUAGGGCCUGCAGAUUGGUGUAGGGCCUGCAGAGUGGUGUAGGGCCUGCAGAUUGGUGUAGGGCCUGCAGAGUGGUGUGCAUAACUGCUCAGGCUUUUACCGUUUCACCUUUCAGUUGUACAUUGGCUUCCCGGUGUAAACUGGGCUUUUCAUCUUGCAAAAGCUGUAACAGAAACGGUUGUGAUUUUUUUUAUCCCCCCCCCCCCCCCCCCCCAAGCCAAGUGUCCACUGUUCCCUCGCAUGUAUGUAAACUACCCACAUUUUGUUUUGUUUCUGUGCUGUCAUCUUGGUUGCUUUGUGUGUGUGUGUCUGUGAGUGUCUUUUGGAUUCUAAAAUAAUUUAAUUUUCUUUUUUAAAGUCCUGUUGAUUACAUUCAAGCACUUCCCUGCAUCAGUGUUAUUGGCUUUUAGGUUCGUCUUGAAGAGUGAGCAGCACAGACUGCGUUUGGUUACUGUGAUGUUUAUCGCCUUUGUUGUUACGAUACAUGAAUCGUCCUUUUACGUCUCGCCUGAAAUCGAGGUGUAAUCAUGAGGAGCUGAUUAAAAUAAUAAUAAGUCUGCUGGGGGGUGGGGUGGGGGGGGAGCUGGGCUAGAGUUUGGCCUGAAGCACCAGCAAACUAGGGACAUGUAUGGGUUGCUAUAACAUGACCAGACUGUGUAGCUGGAUCUGCUUACAGUGAGGCAGGACUUUCUGUCAAAGUUGUGAGCGUUCAGUAUGCAGAUUUACUCCAAAAUAUGCCAUAUAAUGCAAUACAGUUGGGGCAUAGCGUGGGAGAAAUGUUUGUUAUAGCAGAAUUUACACUCAGUGGCUUCUUCACUAGGUGCUCCUACCCAGUACUGGUUAGGAGCCACUUUUGCCCCCAGAACUGCUUCAAGGGUAGAUGAGUUGUGUGUUCAGAGAAGCCUUUCUGCACACCACUGUUGUACUGAGCUGUUAUUUUUGCACUUGUGGCCUUCCUGUUAGCUUUAACGAGUCUGGCCAUUCUCCCCUGACCAUGCUCAUUAACACGGUGUUUGCUCACAGAACUGCUGGAGUUUUUUUUUUUUUUUUUUUUUUUGGUUUAUUGCAUCAUUAUCUGUGUUGAAAUCCCAGGAAGGUGAUUAUUUCUGAGAUGCUGGAGCCACCGCAUUCAAAAUCGCUUAGAUCACGCAACUUGGCGACUGUGAUAGUUGGACAAAGAGCCACAUGAUUGGCUGCGUGGGAGAGCGGCAAAGAGCCACAUGAUUGGCUGCGUGGGAGAGCGGCCCGUUUCCAUUAACAAGCAGGGGGACCUACUAAGCUGGCCACUGAGUGUAUAUUAUAUGCACUAAAUUUUUGAAGGAAUGGGAUAUACCAAAUUUAGGAGGUAUUUUAUCAUUUUUGAAAGCUCAAUACUGCCAUUUUACUGUGUUUUAAUGUUUUUAUAGUAUAAAUGUUUUGUUUUAAUCACUGUUUUAAAUGAAAUAUGUUUAAUGGUGUGUAAAAUAACAUAGGAGUUGUGCAAAAAAAAGCAGUUCAUGCAGGAAAAGAAGUAAAAAGUGACAUUAUUCAACUUGUAAAGUGUUUGUACUUGACGUGUCUUAUAAAAGAUUUAUACAAGA